UGCGUAGUAGCUCAACAGCUAUUACGCAAUCUCGGGUUAACUGUACUUGGCCAUGCACUUGAUGACGGUGGGUAUCUAGUGACAGGUUUCGUCGCAUCGACCCCGCCGGUGUGCGCAUGCUCACCGACGCCGUCCAGCUCCGUCUGCUACUCUCGUUACGCGCGCGCGGGUAGCCGCAUAUCCCGGCGCGUCUGCGCGCAUCAGCAGCGGUUCUACACGAGAUGCGCGGCCGACGGCUACGCGUCAUCUACUGCGUCGUAGCGCUGCUGUGUUGCGUCGCGUAUCUACUGCAGUAUUCGUCUAUCUACGGUGUCGCGCCCCGUGGCGACCGGACGCACCUAACCGGUUACCGGAACCGAAGGGUUAGCCGCGCAAAGCCCGGUAACCGGACCGUCGAUUCAUCGCCGCUGAGAACGCGGCCGGCGGCCGUACCUAGAUUCACUGUCGUCAUGAUGACGUAUCGACGCAAUGACCUGCUGCGCAUGGUACUGACUAACUACUCCAAGAUGGCGUUCAUAUACAAAAUCAUUCUGCUCUGGCAUAAUCUGGGCGAAGAAGUGCCCGAUUUUCCCUAUGAUAUCGUCAAAGGCGCCGGCAAAGAACUGAUCGUGAUUCGACCCGAACGAAAUCUGCUGAGUAAUCGAAUGCGAUUAUCUGCCGAUCUCAUGACUGAAGCCGUGCUAAUAAGUGACGAUGAUACCCUGAUCAGCGAGGCUGAUCUCCUAAGAGCCUACACGCUGUGGAGAUGGGCACCCAACAAACUGUUCGGAAUACUCGUUUGCAGAGCGCACGCGCUGCGUCCGGACGGAACAUACGACUACAUUAAAACGGAUUCUAAAGCGGAAAUACUCGAUUAUUAUUACCAGGCAACGGUGGCCUCCAGAGCCGAGAAGGCUAUUACUUAUUAG